CCAUUAUUGACUUCGCCGUGUCGCGCAAAAACACGCUUAUAAGCUAGAGUCAACUUGCGACAGCAAUUGUUACGUCAUCAUCAUGUCGGACGGAAUCGCUCCAGCUAUAGACAAAGUCGGCGCACCUGAACCCACGGCCCCCGAGGCCGAGGCCGGCGCUCCCACUUUGGACACAACGACAGCUCCUUCGGAGCCCGCCAAGCCGGAGGAGACCAAGCCAACUGACGGAGUCGGUGGUCUCCGCGCCCCGCCGAAGCCCGUCGAGGUUGCGUCUGUGCCAGAGACACCCGUCAACAACAUGACACCCGCAGGUGGCACUCCACGACCCGUGCUCAACCUCGAAGAAGAACCAAAGGAAACGCCAAAGAAUGAGGAUGAGAAUGCGUUCAUCACUGAUGCUCCAACUUCGGCGCCUGCUGUCUCCGCCCCAAAGGAUGUCCCUAUGACUGACAAUGCUGCCGACGACAAGCCCGCGGGCAUCAACGGCGCCAGUAAGCCUGAAGUCAGCGACAUCGCCGAAGCGGCUGCAGGCGAAAAGCGUAAGGCUGAGGAGCCUCCUGCCGCUACCAACGGCGCAUCCGCCCCCGAUGCGGCAGAGAAGUCGGAAUCGGAGGUGCGUGCCGAGAAGAAGGCUCGCGUUGAAGACGUCGCAGAUGAGCCGACCGCCACUGAGAAUGCUUCGCCAAAUGGUAAGCACGAAAACGGGAAAGCUGCGAAGAAGGACAAGAAGGCCACCCCGGUUGCUGGGAAAACGGCACGCAAGACGCGAAGUCAGGGUCCUGUUGAGGUUUAGCAGCAAUGCGAAAUGGCAGGCUUUUCCUUGAUCUAUCAUGAUGGUUUAUGAAUGCUGCGGCACAUGAGUUAGGGGUGGGACGGCGAAAAUGGCGGAUGGGAACGGGAAAAGGAACAUCAUCCCGAGAUCUGCCUGGUUCAAGGAUUUGUGGGUAUAUUUGUGCGUCAGGUAGUAAACAUUGUUUGCAUUUGCCAUUUCAUUAAUUAUACAGUGC